GGGCCAGUGAAUUAAAUACGAAUACAUAAAAAUUGAAAACGCGUGAAACGAGUUUUUAGUUGAUUUUUAGCAAGCGGCAAACGAGCAACGAAACAACGAAACAUUCUCGAAAUCGAGACAAAAGUUGUGAAAUACAAAAGAAUAAGAAACCAUUGAAAUAAAUAUUCUCAAAUCAAUAUUCUGACAUGUGUGCGCCUAAACAAAACCAACAACAACAACAACAACAACAACAACAACAACUGCAACUUGUGCCGAGAACUGCAGGCAACUGCAUAAAAAACUGAUUAAAACAAAGUUAAUUUUAAAAAUAAUAAAUAAGAAGUUAUAUACAUAAGAAUUGUGUUUGAUAAAAUGCCACGCAUUUGGGGGAUUUGUUUGCUGCUGGCAAGUGUCCAGGCGCUGCCCACGAAUCACCUGAAUCAAAGUUGUCGCCACUCUGGAGUUGAUCCCUUGGAGGAGUCGCCAUGCAGCAGGGAUAUCAAUUUGCAGUACAUUCAAAGGCUGGAGAGUUAUAUGCGGCCCGAGGUGGAUGCCUGUCAGGACUUUCAUGGCUAUGCCUGCGGCAAUUGGAGAUCGGUGCAUGGAGCCGGCGUAUCCGCCAUGUCAUUGAGCGGCUCUCACAUCGAUGAACGCUAUGUGGAUCUGUUCGAGCGUCUGCUGAGGGAACGCCAAGCACCGGAGCAUCGUCUUCCGAUGUUUCCAAAACUCUUGCAAUAUUAUCAGAGCUGUCUGGCUUUGGAAAAACCACGUCUCCGUCGCUAUCUGAAACUUUUGCCGGUUCCAGCUACCAAUCAUUGGCUGGAGCUGUUGGCGAUAUUGGGCCGACAUGGUUGCCAUGAACACUACUUGAAGAUCGAGGUGAUUCAUCACAAUUCCACACAGCACAUUGUUGUGAUCCAAGCGCACGAAUUCAAUCUCAGCCUGAAUCUCAGCAGAACUAUAUACACUGCCCUGAGGCGUCACAUGGACAACAAGUUGCCGUCGUUGUCGCAGCUGCGCAUUCAGUUCCGACAACUGGAGGAGACACUGGAGCGUCUGUCCAGGCCAAAGAACAUCAACAGCGAGGAGGAGACGCUCACCAUGUACACACUGGAUCAACUGCAGCGGGAUCUGCCGGCUCUAAACUGGACAUAUGCCUUGGAGCUGCGAUUGAAUGGCACCUACGAUGGGAAUCAUCAGCUGCUGGUGGAUGAGCUGCCCAGACUGCGUCAGUUGAUCGAGCAUCUAAAUCAAACCGAUGCUCGACUUCUGCAGUUGUACGGCUUGGCGAGAUUCCUGCAACAUAUGCUCCAGUUGCCACACAAUCCACUGACCAGUCUUUCCAGUUCCAGCUCCACUUCCAACUCCCCUUCAGCUGUUACCUGUGUGCAGCACAUGCGAAAGACACUUUAUCUGGCCAUGAACUAUGUCUAUGAGCACACCUACUACUCGAGACAACGUGCUGCCGAUGAGCGCGUCAUCUUUGGCGUCUUCCAGGAGCUCAAGUCCCAGAUAGCCCAGCAAAUGGAAGAGAAUGAGUUCGGACUGGAGGCCAACUUGCUGGAGGCACUGCAGCAGAAGGUGCAAGGCUUGCGUCUCAAUAUUGGCAACAUGCCGCAAAAUGCCACUGAUCAGUUUUAUAGAGAUUGGGAGAAUCGUUGGCAAGUCGGCGGUGAUUUCUAUCGGAAUCACUUGCAGAGUCUGCUGCACUAUUAUGACCAUCUGGCGGAGCUGGAGCGUACGCGGAAUGCCACGAUGAGGCAACUGUUUUAUAGCUUCAAUCAUCAUGGUCCCACGCUGCUGGACAACAUUGAUGCCACACCGUAUUUCUACUGCCUGAGCAGCAUCAUCAUCAUGCCCUAUGCCUAUGUGCAGCUGCCGUUCUAUCAUGCUCAGUUCUGGCCAGCGCUGCUCUAUGGCGACUUGGCCAAUACCCUCGGCCACGAGAUGUUCCACGCCUUCGACACAUACUUUGUGGAUUAUGAUGCGCAGGGUGUGAUGCGCAACUACAGCGAUCAGUUGCGACUGAAUAGUCAGUAUGUGGCAGGUGUCAACUGCCUCAACGACACCGAUGUCCUCAUGUUGAACGAACGCACGGCAGACGUUAGUGGAACGCGCCUUGCACUCAAGACAUACAUGCAACAGCCGGCGGAGAGACGCCACAAUGGACACGUGUAUUUCCUGCAAUUUGCUCAGUUCUUUUGUGGCGAGGAGGCGGACAUGUUCCAUGACCCGGGCAGCAAGAGAUUGAACUAUGCCCUCGCACAGAUGCCCGAGUUUGCCGAGGUCUUCCACUGCGCCCCAGGAACACGUAUGAAUCCUGUCAAGCGCUGCCAAUUCUGGUAGCGUCAACUCUUGUAUAACAUUGUAGAGUAGCUGGUGUAUAGCUUUAACUAGUUAGACCAACAAGUAUUGUAAAUAAAAGUAUGCUUAAGUAACUGCU